AUGGUGGACUUGGAUGCCUUAAGGAAUUUUAUGGACAUCAGUUUCACCAAAGUGAAAAAUAUUCCAACACAGUUGUAUCAGAACCCUUCAGUAGGUGCAGUUGCCAAUUACAGAAAGCAAGUGCUAGAAGUGGCCUCAAGAGGUCAUGUAGUCCAAUCGUCUGCUCAGGAGAGGAUCAUGCUUCCCGACGAGGGCGCCAACGGCGAGGUGGUCUACGGCUUCGGCAGCCGUGCGGCGCCCGAGGCGCGGCGCCUCUUCCGCCUGGACCCGCGCUCAGGCCGCCUCACGCUGGCCGCACCGCUGGACUACGAACGCCAGCGCGCCUACGAGCUGGACGUGGAGGCGCGCGACCGGGGCGCCAGCCCGCUGGCAGCCACCUGCACCGUGCUGGUGCGCCUGACCGACGUCAACGACAACGCACCCGGCAUCCGCCUCAGCCCCCUGGGCCUGGGUGCCGCUGGCCCCCCGGGGCCCGGCCUGGGCGCCGGCAGCAGACCCGAGCCCGGCCCCAGGGUGCUGUACGUGAGCGAGGCAGCGCCACGUGACAGCUUCGUGGCGCUGGUCAGCACCUGGGACCGCGACUCGGGUGCCAACGGGCAGGUGCGCUGCACACUGCACGGCCACGAGCACUUUGCGCUGCGGCGCGCCUACGGCGACAGCUACGUGCUGGUGACAGUGGCUGUGCUGGACCGCGAGCACCUGUCCGAGUACAACCUCACGCUGGUGGCUGAGGACCUGGGCAUGCCGCCCUUCCGCACCGCGUGGCCCUACACCGUGCGCUUGCGCGACGAGAACGACAACGCGCCGCUCUUCGCCCCACUGCCACUUGGCCGGGUGGCUGUGCCCGAGAACAACCCCCCCGGCGCCUACCUUGCCACUGUGAUGGCCCGCGACCCGGACCUGGGCCCUAAUGGCAAGGUCACCUACCGCCUGCUCGAGGCCCAGGUUGCCGGUGCCCCUGUCUCCACUUAUGUCUCUCUUGACCCCACCACCGGUGUCUUGCGGGCCCUCUGCACUUUGGACUAUGAGGCGCUGCAGGUGCUGGAGCUGGAGGUGGAAGCCUGCGAUGCGGGCACCCCCCCACAGUGCAGCCAGAGCCAUGUGCACGUUCAUGUGCUGGAUGGUAAUGACCACGCUCCAGAGAUCGUGGCCCCGCCACUGGUUAACAGCUCCGCUGAGCUGCCUCUGCCAUGCCACGCCCCACCAGGCUUUCUGCUUGCCCAUAUUACUGCCUGGGAUGUGGAUGAGGGACCCAAUGCAGAGCUAUCCUACUCCAUUGCAGCUGGUGCCCAUGACCUCUUUGCACUGCAUGAGCACACUGGGGUGCUGUGGCUGCGCCGCAGGCUGCGGGGUGGAGAGGUGCAGGCAGCGCUCCCACUCAUCAUUAUGGUGCAGGAUGGUGGGUGGCCAACCCUAACCUGCACUGCCACCCUCCAGCUCGUCCCCACCAAUGUUCUGCCUUCCAGAGUGGAGAUUGUGGUGCCACAGCUCCUGGCAGAGGAGCAGUCCCCACAACCUGGUUUGGACCCCUCCAUGGUCUUUAUUGUGGUGCUGGCUGGUGGCUGCUGCCUGCUGCUGGCUGCGAUCAUUGGCGUAGUCUCCACCUGUGGGAAGGGUGUGAGUGGCUGCAAAGGGAGGCCCCGAGAGCAAAUGAGAGACCUGGAGGGCAGGCAGCUAAAAGGUCUGGACCCCCUGGCAUGGAGCCCCUCUGCAGGCCACCAGGUGGACUUCUGCCAACUCACUGUCAGCCCCGGGGUUGAACACCCCUCUGAUGAUCCCGGCUGGGAGGAUGGCAGCCACGAGUCCUUGUGUCAUUCCACCCAGGAGAGGAAAAGGCUCAUUGACUCCCAGGUAAGCCUACCUCCCUCUGAGCACCUGUGCAAUACAGUCAUUGGGUUACCCAUCCUAGAGUCUCUUGCUCACUGAGGUCACUUGUGCAGAGC